CGGUGACGUAGAAGUGCAGCGCGGCUCUUUAGUCCGUACACCUUGCGCGGGAGUGGAUGCCGGCUCGUCGCAAUCAUGGUGCACUGCAGUUGUGUGUUGUUCAGAAAGUAUGGAAACUUCAUCGAUAACCUCAGACUCUUCACCAAAGGAGGAAGUGGUGGAAUGGGUUACCCUCGUUUAGGUGGAGAAGGUGGAAAAGGUGGUGACGUUUGGGUUGUAGCCCAUAACAGAAUGACUUUAAAACAACUUAAAGACAAAUAUCCUCAGAAACGGUUCGUUGCUGGAGAAGGAGCAAAUAGUCGAGUUAGUGCACUGAAAGGCUCCAAAGGAAAGGACUGUGAAAUUCCUGUACCUGUGGGUAUUUCAGUAACUGAUGAAAAUGGCAAAAUCAUAGGAGAACUCAAUAACGAGAAAGACAGAAUUUUGGUAGCUGAAGGAGGUCUUGGUGGUAAAGUACUUACAAAUUUCUUACCAUUGAAAGGCCAGAAACGAGUUAUUCACCUUGAUCUAAAACUUAUAGCUGAUAUAGGCCUAGUGGGAUUCCCAAAUGCUGGAAAAUCUUCUUUGUUAAGUCAGAUAUCUCACGCAAAGCCUGCAAUUGCAGAUUAUGCAUUUACAACAUUAAAGCCUGAACUUGGAAAGAUUAUGUAUAAUGAUUUCAAACAGAUAUCAGUAGCUGAUCUUCCUGGUUUAAUAGAAGGAGCUCAUAUGAACAAAGGAAUGGGCCACAAAUUCCUCAAGCAUGUAGAAAGAACUAAACAACUACUUUUUGUUGUUGAUAUUUCUGGAUUUCAGCUUUCUUCCCAAACUCAAUACAGAACUGCCUUUGAAACCAUAAUACUGCUUACAAAAGAGUUGGAGUUGUACAAAGAGGAACUUCAGACAAAACCUGCACUCCUGGCAGUUAAUAAAAUGGACUUGGCAAAUGCCCAAGAUAAAUUCCGUGUACUGAUGAACCAACUCCAGAAUCCUAAAGAUUUUCUGCAUUUAUUUGAAAAGAACAUGAUUCCAGAGAGGACUAUAGAGUUCCAACACAUCAUCCCCAUCUCUGCAAUUACCGGAGAAGGAAUUGACGAACUAAAGAACUGUAUAAGAAAAUCUCUAGAUGAACAUGCCAACCGGGAAAAUGAUGCAUAUCAUAAGAAACAGUUGCUUAAUUUACAGAUUUCUAAUACAAUAUCUUAUAGUGAGCCACCAUCAAAGAAUGCUGGUACAAGUCCCAGAAUGGAUAAUUGAAAUUCUGUUCAUUUGAAAGCUUUUCCACAGACACGUAUUUUUUAGAAGGUUUUUAUUGAGUGUCACCCCUGUGCCAGGCACUGUGCAGGGUGCUGCAUGUACAGUGCUGAAGAAAACAGACGGGACCUGCUGCCCUCGUGCAUCUCACAUUUGAUAGCAGAAACUGCAAGGGAUUAGAAUAGCCUGGUUCCACUUUAAAGCAAAGGAAUGAGAGUGAGAAAGGCAUUUGGAAUUUGAACAUCUGUAUUGAUGAUAAUGACCAUGUUUCAUAUUGGGUAUGUUUUACAUUUAUGACUUGAGUGUCAUUUCUUUUCUGUUUUUUACUUCUGUUACUUCCUGAAUAUAAACAAGUAGCAAUGUGAGGACAGUUUCAUCAGGUGAAUUUCUGAAACUCUGACAUCAUAAUCUUAUUUUCUGCUGUGGCAAAGGAUAGUAGAUGUGUGUUGAAGAUUAAGAGGAAUUGUGUCUUACUUGCUCUGUCGGUAAUGCCCAGGUUACUACUCCACGACUGAAACAUUUUAUGUAACUCACUAAAAUGUUCAAUUAUAUGUAUUUUCUAGUUACUAAAAGUGUACUCUAUGUCCCUCUUUCUGAUGAUUAAUUUUUAUUCUAAACAAAAGGAGAAAAUCUGGAUUCCUUUUUUAUUUUAUAAAAAAUAAAUUUUAAGAACUUAAAGAUUUAUUUUGAAAUAAAUCUUUUAACAUCAUCUCAGAUACCAUUUAUUUUGUCCUUAAGCAAGACUUUUUUAUUUCUACCUUUCAAAAUAUAUGCUUUUUGGAAUACUUAAUUGUUAUAUUACUGAAUAGCCAGGAUAUCAGUACACUAUGUGUACAUAUUUUUACUGAGUCCCAGUAGUUCUUACAGAGCUGGUAUCUUGAUUCAUUUACCAUCGUGAACUGCAAGUUUAUACUGCCAGACACUGUCAAGUAUUAAGUAUAUCCUACUAUGAAGUUGGACCCGUGCUCUGAAGAUUUCACAUGAAUAAAAAAAUUCCAGAAAUUACUAUAUUGUUCUUUUUGUGA